GCCGCUGAGGACUUCUUUCGCCGCUAUGCUUGCCGCCGCCAUGAGCCGACGGGCCUCGGUCAGCGACUGCCUGCGGGACUGGGAGGAGCUGCAGGACGGCUUCCAGCGCGUGCAGGAGACUCACAGGCUGUACAAGCAGAAGCUGGAGGAGCUGACCAAACUCCAAGAUGGGAUUUCCAGCUCCAUCAGCCGGCAGAAGAAGCAGCUGAAGGAGCUCUCUCUGGCCCUCAAAAAGUGCAAGUGCUCUCUUGCCGACAAAAAUGAGGAGGAACCGAAGGAGUCCUUCCAGGAGCUCCAGAGCAUGAUCAAAGAGCGGCAGGAUGUCUUCUUUGAAAUGGAGGCCUACUUGCCCAAGAAGAAUGGGUUGUACCUGAGUCUCGUGCUGGGGAACGUGAAUGUCACUCUACUCAGCAAGCAGGCAAAGUUCAGGUACAAGGAUGAGUAUGAGAAGUUCAAGCUGUACCUCACGAUCAUCCUGCUCAUAAUCUCCUUCACCUGCCGGUUCCUGCUUAACUCCAGGGUGACGGAUGCCGUCUUCAAUUUCCUCCUGGUCUGGUACUACUGCACCCUCACCAUCCGCGAGAGCAUCCUGAUCAACAACGGAUCCAAAAUUAAAGGCUGGUGGGUUCUCCAUCACUACAUCUCUACCUUCCUCUCCGGCGUCAUGCUGACGUGGCCAGACGGUCUCAUGUACCAGAAGUUCAGAAACCAGUUUCUCACCUUCUCCAUGUAUCAAAGCUUUGUCCAGUUCCUCCAGUAUUAUUACCAGAGCGGUUGCCUGUACCGGCUGAGAGCCCUGGGUGAGCGGCACACCAUGGACCUCACGGUGGAGGGCUUCCAGUCCUGGAUGUGGAGAGGCCUCACCUUCCUGCUCCCGUUCCUGUUCUUUGGCCAGUUCUGGCAGCUUUACAAUGCCCUCGCCCUCUUCCAACUGGCCAGGCACCCAGAAUGCAAGGAGUGGCAGGUGCUGAUGUGUGGCCUCCCCUUCUUCGUCCUCUUCACCGGCAACUUCUUCACCACCCUUCGUGUUGUUCACCAGAAAUUCCAGGACAAGGCCAAGGUGGAGUAAAGGGGGAAGGGCUUAUGGGGCCUGUCCCACCCCACUCUCCUUGUCCUCUCCCCCCCACCCGCUCGAACAAAACUGUCUUUGCCAUCUGCCGUUCUGGCAUUUUCUCGCCUGGCUGGAGGCAGCGCUGGUCCUGUUCCAGCUGGUCUUGAAAGGACAAUCCGCUCAGCGCUGGGCGCAACUCUCCCGGAAUCCACUGGCUUUGAACCAGUGCUUCAAACAAAGCGGCUCAUGAAUGGGCAAACUCCUGUGACCUUUUCCGCCGAGGACAGGACCUUGUUCUCAACAGUGGGAGGAGAUUCUCCAGGAUCAUAGCAGCACUUGGACAUGACUCUCUAUGGUAUCCUUGCGCCCAGCCCUCCUACAAGAGCAGGCGAUGGAUUGCCAGCUGCCCCCAUGCUCUUUUCUAGCAGACUUUUAAGAAGGAAGCAGGCUCAACUGAAGCCACAGUAUGUGUAAGCAGUGAGGAUAUUGUGCAGGGCCUCCCCUGGCCCAUUUUGAACCCCUUUACCAGAGCAAGAAAUCUUUGCCUUUGCCAUACGGAGCAUCACUUCCUGUCUCACGGGUGCUGCUCUGCUCCUCAGAAGGGACCCUCAGCCUGCACCCUUGUCUGCUUUCUUACAUCCUGAGGCCAGGGUGCAUGGGUGGCAGAAAGGAGGUUUUCCCCAGCCUUGCACACAAGCAGCCUUCCCCCUCCUGUGACCCAGGGAUGGUUCUUGGCGGAUGGUGGGCAGUGAGAAGUGGUUGGCAUGCCUCCACUGCCAAGGGUCCGGCACUGCCAUUGCUCAGAAGCCUCCAAAGGCUUUCAGGAAAGUGGGGAUUAGGAAACAGCAUGGUCUGAAUUUGCUACAUGGUGGUGUAGUAGGGGGACAGUGUCUUGUUCAAGCUUUGUGGUGUCUUUUGUGUGUUUGUGUGCAUAUCGAUGUCUUCAGGAAGCUGGGAGGAGCUGGUCUGUGUCACAGUCGUCUCAAAGAAUGUACGCAUGUCGUAUUUAAAAAAGG